CGUGCGGCGGGCCGUUUCGCUUGCUGUGAGACCGCGGCUGGACCCGGGCGCUGCAGAUUUUCUCGCGCCUUCGUGACUGACUCGCGGUUGUUCGACCACACGGUUUUAUCGGGGCUCUUUCAGCUCCGCGAGGAUUAAACCGCAAGACCGACGCUCGUCCCGCCUGGUGUCUUCCCUGCAACUCGCACUUUCCGGAGGCGCAUUUCAGUGUCCGUUUGCAUGUGUGCCGGCUCCCCCGCCGAGGAUUACGUAACCAGGACGAGCGGAUAAGAACUUCGCCAGGAAGCAGUCCGCGCCUGGUGCAAUCGUCGUCAGCCUGCCGAGGAAGAAACGGAAGAGGAGGAGGCGGGGGAGGAGGACUCGCGUCACCGUUGACGCCCUGGAUCGACGCGCGCCGCACAACUCCGAGCCGCCUGGCUGAGCACUGCCGUAGAACACCGGCUCGAACAGCAGCGGCCCAAAGCUGACUGCGCAUCGGAGAGGUUUCAAGAUUUCAAGGAGAAAAUUCAAGCAUGAGGCCCGAAUACUACUGCCCUCUGAUCACAUCGUCCAAGGACGGCUGCGAGAUUCCGAACUGAAAGCGCAAGGAAACGGCAUCGCCUCUAUCGAAGAAGAGAAAGAGCUGCGAGGGUUGAGCCACGAUGACUUGGGAAGGUGUGGUUACACUUCGUAAGAAAAAGAAAGGCGACUAACCGGGACGAGAAGGAGAGGCCAGCGCGGAGAAGCUAUGAAGCAGGAGUCCUGCGAUGGCGAUGUCCUGCUGCGGCCUAGAUCGUGUUCUUCGUCAUCCACACCAGAGAGUGACUUGUGUCGAGACGACACCGACGAUAAUGGCUACUAUGACUUUCCCAUGGAUUUGCGUAAGAAGUCGCCAAAGAGCCCUGACUACCCCUCAGGUGAGGAUGAAUGUGAAGAAGGCGAGACGAUGACUGCGGUCAGGCGACGCCCCAUUCACCCGGUGGCGCUUAACCAUGCUUGGCAGAAGAUACUUCUAAACGCUCUACCGGCACCGGCUGUUGCUGCGGCCUUCCAACAUGGUGCCAAGAGGCAUUCGGAACUCAGUUCCAGACUCAUGGAUGUCGGUGAACAGAAGUUAAUGCCAGCUAUUAUGACACGAAUGAGCGAUAACCCGUGCGCAGUUGACCGGCCGUGCCAGGAUGACAAGGAAAAUCGCUGCGCUUGCGCUUGCCGCGGGCGAAAAGACGGAAGUCCCGGGAAUGACCUACUGGACUUGCGAAAAGAGCCAGCCAAACCAGAGGCACAAGGGCGGGGUCCUCUCAUGAGUGGCCCGUACCGCACAGACAAGGACUCCAACCCAACGCUCAUCAGAUUUCUCGAGUCGCGCGCGCUCUCUCCUCAGCAGCAAAGGCACGAAAACGAUACUCCGGAGGACUUAUCGUCACACAAGUCAUCCCUCCCUGAAAUCCAGGACCAAGACAAACAUACCAAUCACCAAGACCAGGCAGUCAAGAGGGCAGCGAGUUGUUCAAAGCUCUUCGAGAUCACCAGUGAAAGCCUCGUCGAACGAUUGAUGCGGGCGCGCUGUAAGUCUGACAGCGAAAUACAAAACCGCCUCAACAGUGGGGCUAUGAGGCCUGUGAGCACCGAGGAAUUUUCGAUGUCCUCGCCACCACCCAGGGAUCAGCGCUCACCAUCUCUGACGCUCAAGAGAAGGAUACUGGGUGGAAUAUCAACCCCCGACCGAUGUACUGGCAAGGACGAGGACGAGGUCGACAGCAAGCAGCCCCGAGUUCGCAUCGAAACCAUCUCCAAACCAAGCUCACGACCGUGCUCCCCAGUUUGCGACCCGAGGGCACCACAAGAAACGCUCUUGCAGCAGCUGCGGCAUCUGGCGCCCGCAGCGCUUCCCCUAAGCAUCUACGCUUACUACACGCAGAUUAUGCAACGGCUACACGAGCACGAGCUUCUCAAGCGGCACCUCGAAGGCAUAGCCGCGUCCGGUGUCAUGCCGAAUCCGCUUCUCGUGCCGGUGACCAUGGCCUCGUCCGUGACGCCCGGGCUGGAACCACUCGAAGAGCACGAAGAACUAGGAGCGGCAGCCGCGAACCACCUCGACUCGUACAACUGUGGGAUGCGCAAGAGAGCCCCGCGUGCGCUGACGGGCAAGCACGUGAAACACGGCACCGGUGCCAGUCCAUCGACACUGCUAACGCUCCGGCAGAAGAUCCAGGAGCGCCAACGAGCCCGUCAGUUAGGUCUGCUCGAGCCCGCCGUACGCACACUCAAGGGAACCAGGAAGAAUUUCGGCAAAGGUUCCUCAAACGGGAAAAAACAGGCUGUGAAGAAGUGAGCGCGAAUCAGCGUUUGUACCAGACAGCGCCAACGUAGUAGCUGGCAAUGUGGACUGCGUAAAUAAGAAAAGCUAAAGAGACACACCUUGUCAUGAACGCUAGGCGCAAAUGCUAACGACAUCGUCUGACAAGCUAUGGAUGACUAAGACGAACAAAUUAUUAUUAUUUUUCACCUACUUUAUGAAAGAUUUCACUCUCUUCUUUGACCCAGGCGGCCCGCAGAGCGCAAUGACACUUGACCACCGACAUCGAGACAGGGACAAAACGUCGUCGCUUAAUGAUGGACUGAACGUGAUAUUGGAGUGUUAAGCUUUUGCCAUCACAGUGCUGAAGCAAAGUAAAAUCGUGCUAGACGACCUUCUUAGCAACCAUGGGUUUGCGCUUCUGCAACUUAAUUUCACUGGACGCUGUACGCUCUUGAAGACUGGUCGCAGAUUCAGUUGUCUCCCACAGCCAAAGAUACGAUGGCAGUCUGAUACGAUUGCAUAUAUCGUCUAUAAGAAUGGAUAAACCACUACAAUUUCUCUAUUUAGAAUGCACUAUAGUCGUGUUCGGCAUCAUAAGAAACUGUCGAUUUAUAUUUGAUAAAAGCAUUCUACGCACUACCCGCUUCAAAUAGAUCGUUCAACUGGACUGAAGAUGAUGGGAAGAAAACAAAAUUUUCUUUGCAUAGCAGAGGCUAGCUUUUUAGUUUAAAGAAAAAUUUAAAAUUAUUUGUCUA